GCUGCUGAUGAAAUUGUGAACGGCCUCUGUUGUAGCUAAAUAUUGGCAACAUAUUUUGUAUGUCUGACACAUCUCGGAGCAUCUUCUGACGGUCAUCAUGUCUUUGGAGUGCGUUGGGAUGGUAAAUACAUUUCGAGAGGCCGGGAAUAGCAGAAGAAAUUUUAAGCAAACAGACUGAAUAUGUUCCUGACACAGGUGGAUGAUUCUUGGAAUAACGUUAAAUUAGCUAUCUUGGAUUCGAAACGUAUGGAGAAAAACACCAAACGCAGAUGUAAAUUAGAAUGAUUGACAAAACGAAUAAACCAACUUUACUGGGAAGAUUACAUUUGACAAAAUGUCCUCAUAGCCAGUCCAAUUUAGUUUCAGAAUCAGAGAUUGACCAUUUGGCUUGUUAGCUAGUUAACGUUUGCUCGCUAAUUAAAGCGUCCUUCAAGAUAUUAGAGUGGGGAUGUUUGGAAGCGUUAAGUCAAUGUUAUUAAACAUGUCAGUCAGUAAGCAAGCCCAACUAUUUCAAUUGGGCAUGCCUUAUGUAAAAAGAGUCAAGCGUUGUUAACUAGCCAAGUUAGCUAGAAAGCUAUUUAUUUACUCACUCCAAGGUUGGCGUAUUUUCAUCCACUGGCACGCACUGUCAAGUACAACGUAAAUCGCAUUGGCUAAAAGCUAGCUGGCUAGCCUGUUACAAUGGUCACACUUUGCAACCAAAUUGUGGAUAAUUUUUUGGACCUUGUUAGCACAUGUUAACUAAUUAAAAUAACUUUAACGCAUUCGUGGUAUUUAUUGCAUCCAGUUUAUAACAUGAAACUCAUUUUAUAACUAAUUUAACUGAUGUGUUAGGCAGUCAGUUGUGUAAGCAAGAAGGUUCCCUCGCGUUAGUCCCAAUGCAAUGAAUGAGUGUUUUAGAUAACACGAUAAAUUGAUCAAGUCACUUACUAUUACAGGAACUCAUCUUUUUGUGUGUGAUAUCGCUUCACGUUUUUUUGUGAGUCAUAGCGACCUUUUAUGACGUUAGCCUGUUGUUGCCUCAUUGAUAUGUUGGUUCUUAGAACAUUUCUAUUUAGUUUUAUCGCUAUUUUGACAAGUCACAUGUCACCAAUGUAUUUGUUGAAUUCCAAAGUACAAAUCAAAGAUCAUAAUUCUAUGGAAUUAAUUAUAAAUAAAUCUGAAAAUGCAAAUGUCUAGUUGACAACAUUUAAAAAGUGCAUGCUUAGACGGGGUAAAUGAGUCGUGGAUCAUUUAGGUAACAACUAGGGCAAGUAGACAAAUCAAUAAAUAUGGGAAGUACACUGGUUUUAAGCACUAAGGUGUUUACACAGUGCUAAAAUGUCAUAAAUUCAAAACGAGACAGUGAAGGCAGGUGUUUUAUUUACCACCAUGCAACAUCUGACCAUGGAUCUCGUCAAGGAUGUUGUCUACCAUGUGUAGAAUAACAAUAUUGAAAUUGAGGAAGAAUUGGAUGUUUGCUUUGAAAUAAAUUAUAAUUUUCUAGUUUACUGGGGAAUUAGCUAUCUACUCAAAUGGAACAUACUCUGAUGUCUAACCCUCUGAGAUAUUCAGAGUGGGAUUCAGAAUGCAUACCCUCCCACGGAUUCCUCCUCAUGGAUUCAGACAAAGGAGCCAUGCUGCCUCAGAGAGAAAGUGAUCAGACAGGUUUGGAUUUCCAGAAAGUCAACCAGGGUGUUUCUCUAACCCUGGAAGAGCUUUUUCAGGAGAACGCCUUAAAUUUAGAUAGCCUUUUCAGGACCUCCACUUACUCUGGUGGAGACCAGAUCUUGCCCUGGGAGGGAUGUCAAUCUAAUCAUUCCCAAGAUGUCCCCCUGGGUAAACCAGCAGAGGUUUGUCUCAAAGACAAAAUUGAGGAACAAAACAACGUCAGUGACAGCCCACUACCUGGGCUGUUAUUCUCCAAAAUGGCUAAUUUGUUCAGGGACAUCUCAGCCCGCGACGAACAACAUCCACCUCUGGGUGACAGAGACCCUGUUACCUGUCACAGGGAGCUGAUAACCCUCAGUGAACAUCCUUCCACUGUGAAGGUUUCAGGUAGGACUCCAGAUACUAACACUGAGGCGUCCUCUUUGUUGAUAGUUCACCUCUUAUCUGAACACUCCCCUUUUCCCUCUGGCCCUGCUCCUUCAGAUGAGGUAAACCCACAAGGUGUCUGUGAGAAGCUUUUAUUUCCAUCUCUGGAUCAGGACAGAGGCAAACCUCCCUUGCAAGGUGGGGAGACUGUGCCACCUGAAAAUGGGGACAAAGGUUUAUUCCUAGGAGCUGUGACUAAUCGGCCCACAGUCAGUAACAUUGCCUCAGAAGGUUUACUUGAGAGCAGCCUCUCACACAACACCAUCCCUUUUGACCGCCCUAGCCUUUCUCCAGAGGUUCAGGUGGGAUCUUUGCUGGAUCUGGAAGUUCCCGACUGUGGCCCCAGCCUCUACCCUACUCAUCUCGACUCACCUACCUGCACAGGUGCUCCAUCAGAUUCAACUGCAGAGGAUUCAGAGCAGGAACACACGUUGGCUUCUACAAUCCUGACUCUCUCAGACCACAGAGGUGAGGGGGACACGGCCCUCCUGAACUCCUCACCAUUGAUUGAACCCCUGUUGCCAAAGGUACUCUCUGACAGAGAUGCUUCGAUCCUGGGUCACCUGCCAAGUGGCUGUAGCUCAGAUAAAAAUGGCUCCCAGGAUUUGAUGGAAGACAAAAUUAUCUUUGAUGUUACUAAACACGAGGGAGAGGAGGAAAUGGCUCUGGAUCAGUGCAAUACCUCAGAUGCGCUACGUGAUGAGGAAACUUGGGACUUGAAACUACCCGAGGCUAUACAGGGUGAUGGUAUUCCUGCUUUACAAACUGAACAGAGCGAUGAGGUAAGGUUGGCAGACUUGGACCUAUUUGCCAGAACCACAGAUAGUUUUGAUGGCCUGGUGCUGGAGAUGAAUGGUUCGUCUUCUGAGUCUGGAUGGACAAGUGAACAAGCAGUGGAGAAUCUGUCACUCUCUAAGAUGGUGGGCUCUGACUCCAUGCCUGUGGUUCCCAUAGUGAAUCAGAGAGAGGAAGACCCAUCACCUCUGAAGGUCGUGUUUGAUGCUCUGGACCAGGAUGGGGAUGGAUUUGUACGCAUUGAGGAGUUUAUGGAGUUUGCUGCUGCCUAUGGGGCUGACCAGGUGAAGGAUCUGACCAAGUUUCUGGAUCCUAGUGGGCUGGGGGUGAUCAGCUUCGAGGACUUCUAUCGAGGAAUCACGGCCAUCAGCAAUGGAAGUACAGAGCCCCAGCUCUACGAUGUGCACUUCAGCCCAGGGGACGGAGCAGUGGGCUGCCCAGAGGAGUACGAUGAGCAGAACGAGGUGACGGAUAGUGCCUACCUGGGCUCGGAGAGCACCUACAGCGAGUGUGAGAUGUUCACCGACGAAGACUCGGGAGCCCUAGUCCAGCCAGAGAUGCACGAGGAUGUAGAGACGGACAGUGGCAUCGACGCAACGCUGCACGACCCCGAGGACAGCCACAACAGGUUCUCCUUGAGCUCAGAGCUGCACAGCCUCUCCCUGGUGACAGUGAUCGGCACGGAGGAGGAGCACUUUGAGGACUUUGGGGAAAGCAACACCUCGGAGCUGCUGCUGGACACCACUGAGGAGGGGACAGAUGGAGAGGGAGACUCAUCCCACCUCCAGACUCUGGACCAGAACAACUGCUCCUCCCUGCUACUCUCUCCCAGCGCCCCAACUACUCUCCCUGCAAGCUUUCAGAGCUUCCUUAGGGAGGAGGCGCUGGACUUUUUCUGUAACCAAUGUCACAAACAAAUCUCUCGCCUGGAGGACCUCUCCACUCGCCUCAAUUUCCUAGAGAUGAAUAGCUCCAGCAAGAGGCUGUCCAGCAAGAAAGUAGCACGACACCUCCGGAACAGCUCCAUGACGCUGGACAGCAUGGGCGAACUGUCCCGGGACACACUGGAUCUGGCCGACACCGACAUCACUGAGAAGGUGCUCCUACUGGAGCGUCGUGCAGCAGAGCUGGAGAAGGACUCGGAGGCCAGCGGGGAGCAGCACACACGGCUCCGCCAGGAGAACCUGCAGCUGGUGCACCGGGCUAAUGCCCUAGAGGAGCAGCUCAAGGAGCAGGAGCUCCACACUGAGGACCACUUCCACCAGGAGACCCGCCGCCACAAAGACGCCCUCUCCAAGCUGGAGCGGGAGAUGAGCCUGGAGCUGGAGAACCUGCAAGCUAGGCUGCAGCAGCUGGAUGAGGAGAACAGUGAGCUGAGGUCCUGUGUACCCUGUUACCGUGCCAACAUUGAGAGACUAGAGGAGGAGAAGAGUAAGCUAGAGGAUGAGUUGGCGGAUGUGACUGAGAGGCUGAACGAGGAGCUGGAAACCCGCAGGAAGACGUCCGACAAGCUGACCCACGAACGCCACCAAAACCAGAAGGAGAAGGAGCACACGCAGGAGCUGAUUGAGGACCUGCGGAAGCAGCUGGAGCACCUACAGCUGUACAAGCUGGAGGCAGAGGCCAGGAGGGGGCUCUCUCCCAGUGCCGGGCUGCAAGAGUACCAGAGCCGCACCCGCGAGGCCGAGCUAGAACAGGAGAUCCGACGCCUCAAGCAAGACAACCGCAGUCUGAAGGAGCAGAACGACGAGCUAAACGGCCAGAUCAUCAACCUGAGCAUCCAGGGAGCCAAGAACCUGGUAACGGCCUCCUUCUCAGAGUCACUGGCGGCUGAGAUUAACUCUGUGUCCCGGGGAGAGUUGAUGGAAGCUAUCCGCAAGCAGGAGGACGUCAACUUCCGUCUACAGGACUACAUCGACCGCAUCAUUGUUGCCAUCAUGGAGUCCAACCCCUCCAUGCUGGAGGUCAAGUACUAGAGAUGGCCAUUUUGGAACAGGGUAGCCUGGCGGUCUCUCCGCCUCACUGGACUGCCAUACUGGGAGAGACUGGCUAAACACUUAAAGACUGACUGCUGGGAAUGACCACAAAUAUACAGUACCAGUCACAAGUUUGGACACACCUACUCAUUCAAGGGUUUUUCAAAACUAUGAAAUCACACAAAUGGAAUCAUGUUGUAUGUAAAAAAAGAAGUGUUAAGCAAAUCUAAAUAUAUUUUUGAUUUUAGAUUCGGCCUUGAUGACUGCUGUGCACACACUUGGCAUUCUCUCAACUACCUUCAUGAGCAAUGCUUUUCCAACAGUGUUGAAGGAGUACCCGCAUAUGCUGAGCACUUGUUGGCUGUUUUUCCUUCACUCUGCGGUCCAA